AUGAGCCCGGCUGUAGUGUCCACCUAUGAACCAAAAAGAGGCUGGGAGGACUCCCGGACAGUGCUCAUUGCUGCGGACGUGCUCCCCGAUGGGCCCUUCCCCCAGGACGAGAAACUGAAGGACGCUUUCUCCCAAGUGUUGGAGAACACGGCCUUCUUCGGCGAUGUGGUGCUGCGCUUCCCGAGGAUCGUGCACCACUACUUUGACCACAACUCCAACUGGAAUCUCCUCAUCCGCUGGGGCAUCAGCUUCUGCAACCAGUCAGGCGUCUUUGACCAGGGGCCCCACUCGCCCAUCCUCAGCCUGAUGGCCCAGGAGCUGGGGAUCAGCGAGAAAGACUCUGACUUCCAGAACCCAUUUAAAGUAGACCACACAGAGUUCAUUUCUAGCACCGACCCUUUCCAGAAGGCCCUGAGAGAAGAGGAGAAACGUCGGAAAAAAGAGGAGAAGCGGAAAGAGAUCCGAAAAGGCCCGCGGAUUUCGCGAUCCCAGUCCGAGUUAUAGCCCUGUUGCAGCCCAUGGUUCAGGGGGCCAGGAGGAAGAGGAGGAGGCAGCGUGGCC